AUCCAACAUGAUCCCCAAACGAUGCGGACAUCCGUCAAUGAUGGACACUAGUGAAGAUCAUCAUCAAAACGGCCCCCUCAACACACCACAUAAUCUGUUGUGUGCUCACGAGACGCCCAUCACCAUAGUGCUGUGUUUACACUGUCUGCAGAGAGCGAGCACGCCGCUGCCCAUAGCAGUACGAGAAGGCAAUACACGGCGUAGUGAAGUUGCGUUGACUGCCCAAUGGAUCGAGAGACGGCUGUUAGAACACGGUGGGCGGGAUGCUUAUAUAGCCAGCGGAAGAGCAAUGUGUGAGAAUGCCUCCUACCCGGACGCCUGGCUGGCUGGCUUGAUUGAUGCUGCGCCGGGUAGGUAGCAGUGACUGAAGGUUGAAUAAUCUUUUUCUCGACGCAGCCCUACAGUAUCGCCCCCAGCACAUGGCUGUGUGCUUCCAAGGCAAGCUUGCUACGAAGAUG